GAAGAAUUAAUGAAUACACCAAUGAUACCAUCAUGGAGGGGUCUUUUCAUACCCUUUAUAGGAUCAAGAAAAAUGAUACCAAACUGGAGCUGUUGUCAAUCAACAAAUCUGAUAUCUUGAAGGAAUUUAGGAUAAUUGCAGACAUAUGCGUACCAUUGUGCAUUCUGGGAUUGAUUGGGAAUGGAAUUAUUUGCUGGCUUCUCUGCUGCACCAUCAAGAGGUCGAGGUUCAUGAUAUAUGUUUUGAACUUGGCAAUUGGUGAUUUCGUUAUACUUCUCCACUAUUUUGUUCUUUACCUUUUAAUUAUUUUACCGUCUCAUGCUAGUUUUUACAGUCAACAUAUAAAAGUCAUAUCAUUAAUAUUUGGCUCUGGCACCAACCUCUAUUUUUUAACGGCUGUCAGUGCUGAAAGGUAUAUCAUGGUCUCUUUCCCAUUCUGGAUUAAAUCGCACCGACCAAAGUAUCUCACAGCCGUCAUGUGUGUCAGUCUUUGGACCCUAUCCUUCAUGCUGACAAUGCUAGAAUAUUUUUCUUGCAAUCCAAGAUACUUGCCAUCCCACAUUAUUGGAUUUUUAUAUUGUCAUACUGCAAUAGUAGUCCAAUACAUCAUUGGCUAUCUAGUAUUUAUUCCUGUGAUGGUCUUUUCUACUCUGGCCCUUUUAAUCAAAAUAUGGAAAAAAACACUUAAAAACUUCCCAACGGGGCUUGAUAUCAGCAUUGUGGCCACAGUUUUUUUGCAUCUUAUAUUCUCUGCAUUUACUAAAAUGAUUGUUUUCAUAAAUUAUUUUGCUGCAUUUAUGCCUAGUUCAGAAUAUCUUAGAGUUUCUCUGAUACUUGACUGUGCAGACAGCACUGUGUAUCCUUUUGUAUACCUCCUUGUUGGCUGCUGGAAGAAGAGCCUGAAGCCCGUCCAUGUGCUUGUUGAGCAAGUCUUGAAUGAUAAAUCAGAUAGCAACCUGAGAACACAGCUGGCAUCAUGA